UGCAGGUGAUCGUUUUUAACAGCUGCAGGGUCAAUAAGAGUUAAACUCCAGAUCUAUUGGAGGCUGUUUCCUCCAAAGCCACCCCCCUGUCCUCCCCCCGCCGGUGGGGACCUGAACGCAGAGCUGCACAGCAGCUCCUCACUCCAACAUGAAGCUGUCCUCGUCCUUGCUGCUCUUCUUCGCGCACUUUUGUGUCCUCGGUGUUGUCCUGCGUGACGCCUGCGCGCAGGAAGCAGCUGAGGACACGCUGCGGCGCGGGUUGACAUGGCAACACAACGGGCAGGUCUUCAGCAUCCUGAGCCGCGGGUACCGGUACCGUCCGGCAGCCAGGAGGCAGGCAGAGCCCCCCAGCAGCGACGAUGCCGUGGUCGUCGUCCGCAACAACGACACCGCCGCGUCCCGGGGAUCCCCGCGCGUCCCCGCCUCCAGCAGCUCCGCGCAAUUACGCGCGCUGGCGCGACAGCAGGCGCCUCAGGCUGCCGCUGACGGGGACGCUCCCGCGGUGGACCGAGAGGACGGGAUGGUGGGAGACGAUCCGUACAAUCCGUACAAGCGGCACGGCUACAACAACCACUACUACAACUACUUCGACUCCUACUACAGACCCCGAGCGCGGAGCCCGCCGCGCCACGGAUACGGAACCAGCUACCACCAGAACGGUUUGCCGGACUUGGUUCCUGAUCCGACCUACAUCCAGAUCGCCACCUACAUCCAGAGGAUGCCAAUGUACAACCUGCGCUGCGCGGCAGAGGAGAACUGCCUCUCUUCCUCAGCCCGUCAUGCGAGGGACUACGACACCAGAGUUCUGCUGAGGUUCCCUCAGAGGGUGAAGAACCAGGGGACGGCUGACUUCCUGCCCAGCAAACCUCGAUAUGCCUGGGAGUGGCACAGCUGUCACAAUCACUACCACAGCAUGGACGAGUUCAGCCUCUACGAGCUGCUGGACGCGCGGACCCAACACCAGGUGGCUGAGGGCCACAAGGCCAGCUUCUGUCUGGAGGACACUUCCUGUGACCACGGAUACUACCGCCGCUUUGCCUGCACCUCCCACACACAGGGUUUGAGUCCAGGUUGUUACGACACGUACAACUCCGACAUUGACUGUCAGUGGAUCGACAUCACCGAUGUGGCGCCUGGAAGAUACAUCCUCAAGGUGACCGUAAACCCCAGGCAGCAGGUUCCAGAGUCCAACUUUAACAACAACGUGGCUCAGUGCGACGUGCAGUACACGGGCACGGCUGCGCAUGUGUCCGGGUGCACCAUGACGGGUUACUGAGGUGCAGGAUUCAGCAGAGCCUGAAGGUGGUGCAGAGGCGGAGCUUCAGGACAGAGAAGGCUGGCCUGUGGCACGUCCGAGGCCUGGUGAACACCCUGGAUCCUGGUCCGGUUCUUCAGGACUGUGUUCCUCUGCUCAGAGACUUUUCAGUGCGACAGCUGCUGCUCUGCUUUUUCACUUUCUGCUUCCCUUUGUGACACAUUUGAAACUAAAUGAAAUAUAAGUCCAUCUCAAAUAUGAGUCUUAUAGAAGCUAAAGGCAGACUUGGCUUUAAUUCUACUGUUGCUAUGGAUACAUUUGGGGAUCAACACAAUACUAAACUGUCUAUACUGUUAUUGUGCAUCCUUAAAUAUGUUUGUUUAUCAAGAACUGUUCCCCUAUAAUUAUAUUUAUGUAUUAACUGAGAUGAUGUUUGAUCUAUGACUUUCACUGAAUAUCUUCUCUCCUAUGCAUGUUCUCUCUCUGCCUUUACAACCUCUUAAAAAUAUUGAUUUCUUUGAAAACAGUAAAAGUUUCUGCACAUUUUUCCAGAA